GGCGGCCAUGAUGAUAUGGGCGGGGUCUAUUAAUAAACACACGCCCACGUGCUAUCACGUGGAUAGGUAGCAUAAUGAGCAGCAAGAGCAAGUAUAUUCUUAAAACUCACUUUAUUGAGGACUCUGCUAAGACUGCUGAAGGAAGCCUCAGCAAUGACAAUGAAGAGUCUUUAUUUUGGAAUUUUGAUAAAUUUGUGGAGAAAUUCCGAGUCGACAUAGUCUCGCUAAGUUAUUCUAGUGUGGAGUUUGACAUGAUUGGAUUGGAUCCACCAAUUGCUAAUGCAAUACGCCGUAUCCUAUUAGUUGAAGUAAUGUCGUUAUUUAUUUAUUUAUUUAUAUUUGUGCAGGUGCCUACUAUGGCUAUUGAAAAGGUUCACGUUAUAAACAACACGUCCGUGAUUCAAGAUGGGGUUUUGGCUCACCGUAUGGGACUCAUUCCACUUUUUGCCGACCCUCGCAAGUUUUCAUUUCUACCUCCAAGAACAGAGGAUGCUCCCUUCCCAGAGCAGCUGACUCCACAGCACAUGUUGGAAUUUAAAUUAAAAGUAAAGUGUAGCCGUAAUGUCAAUGCACCUAGUGAUUCUGAGGAUCCUAAUGAACUAUAUAUAUCACACAAAGUCACCUCUGGAGAUAUGAAGUGGGUCCCAAUCGAGGAUCAGUCACAAUUGUUCUCAGUGCAUGAUAUAAGACCGGUAGAUAAAGACAUAUUGAUAGCUAAACUUCGUCCUGGACAAGAGAUUGACCUUCGUCUGAUUUGUGUCAAAGGUAUUGGAAAAGAUCAUGCCAAAUUCUCUCCAGUUGCAACUGCUUCGUAUCGUUUAUUGCCUGAGAUUACACUUACAAAACCAGUCGUGGGACCAGCUGCAGAGAAACUUGCCAGUUGUUUUUCUAAAGGUGUCAUUCGUGUUCAAGAUGUAUCAGGACAAAAGAGAGCAGUUGUGUCAAACCCAAGGAGAGAUACUUGCAGUAGAGAAGUAUUAAGACAUGAAGAUUUAAAAGAUAGCGUUCAAUUGUCGCGUGUAAAGGAUCAUUUCAUAUUUUCUGUGGAGUCCACUGGUGCCCUCUCAGCAGAUACACUAGUACUGGAAGCUAUUAGAGUCAUGAUAGAAAAAUGCAAUCAUUUCAUAUCGGAACUUGAUCGCAUUAAUGAAUGAAAACUAUAUAUUAAAUACUGACAAUUAACUUUCAGUUUUUAUUAUCGAGUGAGGCAUUAUGGGAUGAGUCUUGUAUGCUUGUUAUGCGUGUUUGUCUCUCUGUCUGUAUCUUUUGUGUUAUCAGCUAGUUGUGAGUUGUGACUCUCUCUGGCUGAUACUUGUUGUAUGUUGUAUACAAACCAAUCAAGUUGUUUGCAGUACACGUUCCUUAAACUUCAUAAUCAAACCUUUGAUCACAA